CUUGCUGCGUACCUGCGUGCGCUGGCAAAGCGGCCCUUGCUCACAAAGAUGGUCACCGGAGCCGUCCUCUCUUUCCUGCAAGAACCGCUCUCCUCUUCUCUCGCACAUCUCCCCUCUCCCGCACCCUCCCAAACAGUAUCCCGCUACUCCCCCGAGCUCGCACUCCUCCUCGCACGCCUGCACGUUUCCCCCCGCGCACUCAAGCUCGCCCUCUAUGGGUUCCUCAUCUCCGCGCCCAUGGGGCACUUCCUCGUGCUCAUGAUCACCCGCGCGUUCACCGGUGUGCAAGGAGUCAAAGCCCGCGUAGGCCAGCUGGCGAUGAGCAACCUUAUUGCCGCGCCCAUCCAAGUGUCUGCAUACCUCGCCAGCAUGGCCAUCAUCCAGGGCGCCCGUUCACCCCAACAAGUCCUCGCCGCUGUCCAAUCCGGUUUCCUACGGGCGAUGAAGAUGACCUGGAUGACCUCACCCGCAGCCGUGCUCUUCGCACAGCAGUUCUUCCCUCCCGAGGUCUGGGCCGUUUGGUUCAACUUUGUCAACUUCUGCUUGGGCACGUACUUUGGGGUUGUGAUCAAACGCCAGCAAGCG